UCACUGUGAAAAUAUCUUCCUUCAUCUUUUCCCCUAAUUCCUUCUCUGUCCCCAAUUCGAUUCGAUGGGUUCUUCUGAUGUUGAGUACCGUUGCUUCGUCGGAGGUCUUGCAUGGGCCACCGAUAGCCAAGCUCUCGAGCAAGCUUUCUCUAAGUUUGGUGAAAUCACUGAUUCCAAGGUGAUUAACGAUCGUGAAACUGGACGAUCAAGAGGUUUUGGUUUUGUGACAUUCGCUGAGGAGAAAUCGAUGAGAGAUGCAAUUGAGGAGAUGAACGGUCAGGAUAUUGACGGCAGGAAUAUUACUGUGAAUGAAGCUCAGUCCCGUGGUAGUGGUGGAGGAGGUAGAGGUGGUGGCGGCGGUGGUUAUGGUGGCGGCGGUGGUUAUGGAGGAGGCGGUGGUGGAUAUGGAGGAGGCGGUGGUCGUCGUGAUGGUGGAUACAGCAGAAGCGGUGGUGGUGGAGGCUAUGGGGGAGGAGGCGAUCGUGGAUAUGGUGGUGGAGGUGGUGGUGGUUAUGGUGGAGGUAGGGACCGUGGAUAUGGAGGUGGAGGUGGUGACCGUGGUUAUGGUGGUGGAGGUGGCGGUGAUCGCUACUCUCGUGGUGGUGGUGCUGAUAGCGGUGGAAACUGGAGGGAUUAGAAAAUUAGGUCUUCAGUUUGGUGGUUUAUGAUUAUGAAUGUUGUCAUGUUGAAUUAGUUUGAUUUAGUUGGUUGAAUUUAGUGUUUUGGCUAUGAUAUUUGUUCUGUUAUGGUUUAGUUUUGCUUUGUCGUGUUUUUGGUCCUGAAUCUGGUUUUGUAUAAACGAUUGAUUGAAAAGGAUAAUGAAAAAUUGGAUUCAACAAA